GACAACGUGUAACAUACAACAUGUCUGAAGAGAAAAACAAUACUUUAACCAUCAAUGAUCUAAGAGAGAGUGAUGCAAACACUUACUGCUGUAUGAAAACUACAGACAGUCCAGGACACUGCUGGCUCAACAGAAUUAGUCUUCAAGUUGUUGCAGAGCUGCAGGUAAAGGUGAUUCCUGCCACAGAGGAACAGACAGUAACACUGAUGUGCAGCAGCAGCUGUCCUCUGACUGAAAAGCCUGCAGCCUACAUCUGGUACAAGAACAGAGAGUUUCUCUAUGAGGACUGGUCUCCCUGGUACCAAGAGCUGCUCAGCAGUGAGGAAGCAGUCACAUACUCCUGUGCUGUCAAAGGCUACGAGGAUCUCAGAGCCCCUGAAGUCUCUGUGGGUGUUCAGGAUAAAAACUGCUGGAGAGUGAAUUAUGUCAGCAGGAGAAUCUGUGCUCUGGAAGGAUCUUCAGUGAACAUCACAAGUGAAUACUCACAUCCUGAUAACAUGAAGCCAGAGUUUAAAUGUUGGAGUAAAAAAUGGAGAAAAGAUAAAGUGGAAGUUGAAGAGCUGAUUGAGGCUGCAGGUCGUGUGGAGUAUCAGGACAACAUGAAGAACCAACACAUCCUGACCAUCAACAACCUGAAGAAGAAUGACUCAGGAGGAUACACAUUCAGAUUCAAUAAAGAUCAUGAAGGAUGGACACAGUCUGAUCUGCCUGGAGUCUUUUUGAUUGUCACAGAGCUGAGAGUGAAGAUGAGUCCUUCUGCAGUGGUGACAGAGGGUCAGAGAGUCACACUGACCUGCAGUACCAGCUGUCCUCUGACUGACAACACAAACUACAUUUGGUACUUGAACAGUCGACCUCUGACCCCAAGAGAGAACCAGAACAAACAUCUGAUCCUAGACCCAGUCAGCAGAGAGAAUGCAGGAAGCUACUCCUGUGCUGUGAAAACCAACAAAGAUAUCAGCUCUGCUCCAAAGACUCUCACUGUCCAAAGUAUCACAGGAACAUGGACACCAGCAGCUGCAGGAGUUUCUGCUGCUCUGCUGUUUUUAAUACCUCUCUCUGUCUUCUGGUGUGUUAGAAAAAAGAGGAUUUCUAACCAGCCUUCAAGAACUGAAACAUUCGGCAACAAACAGCAGAUUUUUCCUAAUUUCAUAAAUGAAAACGUUCCAGCUGAAUCGGAGGAGCAGGAUGGUCAUCACUAUGUCAGGCUGCAUUUCAGUUUGAAAAACAACACUGACCUCUACUCAACCAUCGAGUUAUCGCCUGCUAAAAUGACAACAACUUCCAGUCACUUUCCAAGAAGUGAAACAUCAGACAAUGAAGAGCAGGUGUUAAUGGAGGAGAAACCAGGAUCUGUGCUUGCAAAGGUUCAUCAGUGGAUCUGCACUGCUCACAUCAACAUCUGACUUCAAGCAGAAAAUGGUUCACUAUAGGCUGGGAUGGUUACAAGUAUGUUCAGAGUGAGCUCUCUGUGGAUGGACAACGUGUAACGUACAACAUGUCUGAAGAGA